CCGGAGCUCCUUUCACCAAUGGCCUCCCUUGCGACCGCCGCCGCUGCUCCAGCCGCCCUAGGCCACUCUGAGAUGUUCGGUAUCUCGCUCGGCUCAAUCACCACCGUUCGUGCUGCUGCUCCACCUUCUUCAUCGGCCUCCGGAUCAAAGAUCGUCGCCCUCUUCUCCAAGAAAGCUCCGGCCAAGUCGAAGGCCGUCCCUGCUUCCCCGGUCAGUGAAGAACUGGCCAAGUGGUAUGGUCCUGAUAGGAGGAUCUUCUUGCCGGAGGGGCUUCUUGAUCGGUCUGAUGUGCCGGAAUACCUCACCGGAGAAGUUCCCGGAGACUACGGUUAUGAUCCUUUUGGACUGAGCAAGAAACCAGCUGACUUUGCCAAAUACCAAGCUUUUGAACUUAUCCACGCAAGGUGGGCAAUGCUUGGAGCUGCUGGCUUCAUCAUCCCAGAGGCCUUCAACAAAUUCGGAGCAAAUUGUGGCCCUGAAGCCGUAUGGUUCAAGACUGGAGCUCUUCUCCUUGAUGGCAACACAUUGAACUACUUUGGCAAGAACAUUCCCAUCAACCUCGUCCUCGCCGUCGCAGCCGAGGUCAUCCUCGUGGGCGGCGCGGAGUAUUACAGAAUCACUAAUGGCCUGAAUCUGGAAGACAAGCUUCACCCAGGAGGUCCAUUUGAUCCUCUUGGCUUGGCCAAUGAUCCAGACCAGGCUGCUCUGCUCAAAGUGAAGGAGAUCAAGAACGGUCGGCUCGCCAUGUUCGCCAUGCUCGGAUUCUUCCUUCAGGCUUAUGUGACCGGCGAAGGACCGGUCGAGAACCUGGCCAAGCAUCUCAGUGAUCCUUUUGGCAAUAACUUGCUCACUGUUAUAUCGGGCUCAGUUGAGAGAGCUCCUACUCUGUAGCCUUUGAGGUUGUUUUAUCAUUGCUAGUUUAUUAGAAAUUGUAGAGCCUAAAAGUUUAUGGGAUUAUUGGUGGAGAUAUUGUAAGAUGUUGAUUGUUAUGGAAUUAUGAACUCUGGGUUUUGAUUUGAUCUUU